AUGCUCAUUUUCCAGGUGUUCCUCCUCUACAUUCUCCUCGUCUGCUUCUUCAUCCGCGCCCUCUUCCUGGAAGGUGCAGCCAACAGCCUCAGACGGAUGAUCACCGCAGAGCUCUCAGCCUUGGCCUCCCUGGACCUGUGGCGCCAGGCGGGCGGCCACAUCCUCUACUCGCUGGGCCUGGGCACGGGCACCAUCAUCACCUUCUCCUCCUGCAAGGCCGGGAGUGACAGCUGUGUCAGGGUGGCCUCCUUCGUGGCGCUGGUCAGCCUGCUGACCUCGCUGCUGGCCACGUCCAUCAUCUUCCUGGUGCUGGGGUUCUGGGCCUCCACGAGUGGCCCUGCCUGUGUCGAGAAGAAUGUCUCCAAUCUGAUCAAGCUGGUAUCCAUGGGGGUGCUGCCUCAGGAAGCCUCGCCCCCCAAAAACCUGUCCACGUGCCCGCUGAAGUACCUGGCCUGGAUCGCCAGUCUCCCCCAACGCCUCCAGCCUCAGGUCAUACACAGGGCCCCGCCCUGCAGCGUCAAGAAGCAGACGGAAAAGCUGAUGGAAGGCCCCGGCCUGGCCUACGCAGCCUUCUCCCAGGUCGUCUCGCUGUUCCCCAGCGCCUCCUUCUGGGCCAUCGUCUUCUUCCUGGCCCUGAUCAUCACCGGCCUGGGCCCCAUGAUGCGGCUCCUGCAGAGCGCCGUCUUCCCCCUGCAGAACUCCGUCCGCGUCUUCACGAGGCACCCCAAGCUGGUCCCAGUCAUCGUGUGCUCCGGAGGCCUGCUGGGCAGCCUCGCGUUCGCCAGCCGCGCCGGCAGCUACCUCGUGUCCCUGGUGGACGACCACCUGGUCCCGCUCACCCUCGUCGUCGUCGUCGCCUUCCAGAACAUGGCUCUCGUUUGCAUCUAUGGAGCCAGGAGGGCCCGGGAGGAGAUCUCCAUGGAGCUGGGCUGCCAGCUGUCGCACCGCCUCACCUUCCUGUGGGGCUACGUGACGCUGCCCGGGCUGCUGGCCCUGCUCAGCGUCUGCCUCAUCCAGCUGCACCAGCCGGGAGCGGCCACCUACGUGGCCUGGAACAGCAGCUCGAGCCAGGAGGCACGGCAGCCCUACCCGAGGAGCACCCUGGGCUGGGCCACCUGCCUCAGCCUGCUCGCCCUCCUGCCCCUGCCGCUGCGGCCCCUCUACCACUGGUGGAAUCACCAGGACCCCGCGGUCGCCGACGCCUGCAACAAGCCCCUGUCCAAGAAGCCUGCGCUGUCCCCCAAGCCCAAGCCCCUGCCGUGGGCCAAGCUGCAGGGGGACAGCCUGAGCCAGGGCUCCCAGGACAAAAUCUACGAGAGCUCCUCGUUCAGCCUGCCCCUGGUCACCUCGGCCUUCUCCAUGGUCAGCAGCAACCUGGCCCUCUCCAGGCAGGCGAGCCCGGCCCUGCCGGCCGCCGAGAGCAGCAGCGGGCAGCAGGCCGAGGCCCCGGAGGGCGCGGAGGAGGCGCCUGCCCAGUGACCCGGCGGAGGCCGUGCGCGGGUGCCCGUCGCUCGGCCUCGGAAGGAGGUGGACCGCCCGGCAGCUGGUUCUCCCGAACAGUGCCGGUUCUGGUGCACGGAACCGCCGCCCUCGGGUGGGAGGACUUGGAAGAGGAAGCCCACUCAGCUGCUCGCCGAGCCGGACCUAGGGCGCCAUGCUGGCACGGUGGGCGCGGACGGAGACGGCCCCCACUCGCCUCCCCGCCGGGUCAACGCCCCCGCUGCCCUCCCAGAAGGGGCGGAGCCAACAAUAAAUGGGUCCGGGGGAGCCCAAGCUCGGA